CCCCACCAAAACAACAAACAGACAGCAGCAGUUCGGUGAAGAGAACAAGAAAUUUAUCUUGGGCAGCAUGACAUCUGCUCAGGACCUUCUAAUCCUGGCACUGUAUGGUUUGUUACUAGAGCGACCGGCGGGAUGUCACGCAGCAGAUACGAGGCAACCAAGGCUACGUCUGUCACAUAAAGAGCUCUGGGAUUUAAACAGGACGUCAGUUUUUCGUAGCCCGUUCGGAUAUCUUGGACUUCAUAUUAUGCUGCUGGAUGAGUAUCAAGAGCGACUGUUCGUGGGAGGAAGAGACCUCUUGUAUUCCCUCAGUUUGGAUCGAAUCAGCGACAACUACCGAGAGAUCCAUUGGCCUAGUACACCUCUGCAGGCAGAAGAAUGCAUAAUUAAAGGAAGAGAUGCUGAUGAAUGUGCAAAUUACAUCCGUGUCCUUCACCGAUACAACAGGACCCAUCUUUUGGCUUGUGGAACAGGAGCUUUUGAUCCACUCUGUACUUUUAUAAGAGCUGGACAUCCAUCAGAGGAUCAUCUGUUUCAACUGGAAUCACACAAAUUUGAGAGAGGACGAGGCAGGUGCCCUUUUGACCCCAGUUCUUCCUUCACCUCCAUCUUAAUUGGUGGUGAACUCUUUACUGGUCUCUACAGCGACUACUGGGGGAGAGAUGCUGCUCUGUUUCGCUCCAUGAACCGCAUGGCCCAUCUUCGCACCGAGCCUGACAAUGAGCACCUGCUGAAAGAACCAAAAUUCGUUGGCUCAUACAUGAUUCCAGAUAAUGAAGACCACGAUGAUAACAAAGUAUAUUUCUUCUUUACUGAAAAAGCUUUGGAAGCUGAGACAAGCACUCAUGCCAUAUAUACCAGAGUGGGACGUGUAUGUGCGAAUGACAUGGGAGGCCAGAGAAUGCUCGUCAAUAAAUGGACCACUUUCCUCAAAGCCAGACUAGUUUGUUCUGUGCCUGGGAGAAAUGGAAUUGAUACACAUUUUGAUGAAUUAGAGGAUGUGUUUUUGCUGCAAACUCGUGAUAACAAAAAUCCAGUGAUAUUUGGCCUCUUCAACACGACAAGCAAUAUAUUUAGAGGAUAUGCUGUAUGUGUUUACCACAUGGCAAGUGUCCGAGCAGCUUUUAAUGGACCAUAUGCUCAUAAAGAAGGACCUGAAUACCACUGGGCUCUCUAUGAAAGAAAAGUACCUUAUCCUAGACCUGGUUCGUGUGCCAGCAAGGUGAACGGUGGGAUAUACACUACCACUAAAGACUAUCCUGAUGAAGCUGUCCACUUUGCCAGGAGUCACCCACUGAUGUAUCAGCCCAUCAGGCCUGUUCAUAAGAAGCCAAUACUAGUUAAAACAGAUGGAAAGUACAAUCUUAAACAAAUAGCAGUGGACAGAGUGGAAGCUGAAGAUGGGCAAUAUGAUGUUCUGUUCAUUGGCACAGAUAAUGGAAUUGUGCUGAAAGUCAUAACAAUUUACAAUCAAGAGACAGAAUCAAUGGAAGAAGUGAUUCUUGAAGAGCUGCAAGUAUUCAAGAUGCCAGUUCCCAUUAUUUCUAUGGAAAUCUCUUCAAAAAGGCAACAGCUCUACGUGGGAUCCGAGUCAGUCAUAGCUCAAGUGAAGUUCCACCAGUGUGACAUGUACGGCACGGCCUGCGCCGACUGCUGCCUGGCUCGGGAUCCCUACUGCGCCUGGGACGGGAUCUCCUGCUCCCGCUACUACCCCACAGCAGUGCAGGCAAAGAGACGUUUCCGCAGACAAGAUGUUCGGCACGGAAAUGCAGCGCAGCAGUGCUUUGGCCAGCAGUUCAUUGGUGAAGUUCUGGAGAAGACUGAGGAGCGACUUGUUUAUGGAAUAGAGUACAACAGCACCCUUCUGGAGUGCACCCCUCGGACCUUACAAGCAAAAGUCAUCUGGUUUGUCCAGCGAGCACAUGAAACUAAGAAGGAAGAGGUGAAGACCGAUGAUAGAAUAAUAAAAAUGGACCUUGGCCUUUUAUUCCUGAAGCUGCAUCGACUGGAUGCAGGGACUUAUUUUUGUCAGACAGUAGAACACAGCAUUGUUCACACUGUCAGAAAAAUCACCCUGGAAAUCGUCGAGGAGGAACGUGUAGAUGAAAUGUUCAAUAAAGACUAUGAGGAGGAGAUCCCUCACAAAAUGCCAUGCCCAAUGCAGAGCAGUAUACCUCAGGCUUCAAAGCCAUGGUAUAAGGAAUUUCUUCAACUGAUAGGUUACAGCAACUUCCAGAGGGUGGAAGAAUACUGUGAAAAAGUGUGGUGUACAGAUAAGAAGAGAAAAAAGCUGAAAAUGUCUCCAUCCAAGUGGAAAUAUGCCAGCCCUCAGGAGAAGAAGGCAAGGAUCAGGCCAGAGCAUUACCGGUUGCCCAGGAACAUAGCUGACUCUUGAUGGACAAAAUCCAUCCACUGUUUCUGAGCAAAAUUUUAUUUGGACUUAAGAGGGAGAAAUCAUUCCUGGUUUGAGUAAAUUUCACAGGUUUAUAUAUGUAAAAUAUUGGGACUGAAAGCAAAAAUGCUAUGGUAAGUUAUAUUGUACACUCAUGAUGACUGUUUAGAAGCAUUUUAAACAAAAUCUUCCCAACUAUCUGGUUCUAAGUAAGUAAAUCCAAUCAGAGUUCUGCAUUAGGGAGGAUGUGACAAUCUUCAGAUUCUGAGUGCUUGAAUCAGUUUUCUGUGCGGAUCGUGCUUGCGCUGUAUAUUAUUGCACAUGAUGGCAUAUUUAACAAAUCCAAAUAGCUAAACACUCACAAGUGGAUGAAAAGUGUAACACACUUCUUUGUUUCACAAAUUUCUCAUGCUUCUGAAACCAGCAUGUCUUAAGAUCUUAUUCUUUUUGGUUGAGACCUGAGUUCAUCGCCCAGAACAAUGAGUUGUGUUAACACAGUGUACUGCUACUUCUAAAGAUAAUGAAGGGAAAUACUAUUUACUUCCCACCUUUUUUUCAGUAUCAGCCAUUUAUGAAGUCCAGUGUGCUCCCACAGCUAAAUAUUAUUGCCUAGUAACUUCAUGUAAGCCACAUGCAUGCUGAGAACACAGGAAGAAUGAAAUUCAUCAGUUUAUUUAUAGAAGAAGUUGAAAAAAUGGUUUAGAUAGAAAACGAGUCCAUCUUGCAUCUGUGUGUUGCCUUAGUGGUGACACGAAUUAAGGGAUCGCCCUCUUGUGGCAAAAGAAAGCGAAACUAGACAUUUAAAUUACUUUUCUGAAGAAAUAUGUAUAAGCAAAGAAGUAUUACCGAGAUGCCCAGCUGGUUUGCUUUCAGCAGACACUUUUAGACGCUCCAUGUGCUAAAGCCACAGAUGUAGAAGGCAGUGUUGGAAGUAAUUUAUACUGGGAAGGCAGCAUUUUAAAUAAAUUAUACUUUAACUGUUUUUGGGGUAAAUGCAUUCAUAAAAAGUUAGGAUGCAGAUUAAAACAAAACCAGCAUUAUGCAGCUGUGUUUCUAUAUUUUCAGGAUCUAGUCCACAUAAACCUUUUUCUGAGGUGUGAUCUCUGCUCAAAAGGGCUGCUUCACUCCUCUUGGAAGUGAUCAUUUGUGAAUGAUACCAGGAAAGGAGAUCAAAAGAACUAAGUUGCUUACAAUCUAGGUAUUUCUAGACUGACUUAAAAAAAAAUUAUAUAUAUAUAUAUAUAUAUAUAUAUAUAUAUAUGUAUAUAUAUUUAUUUAUCUUUAAGAAAACUUGCUUUGAGAAACCAGAUUCAGAAAAUGCAGAAAACCUAGCAUUUCAAUACGAGUUAAAUGUAAACAAAAAUGAGUCACAAAUGAGUUGACUUCUAAAAUAAGAACAUGAUGCCAGUAGGAAAUAGCCAGGCUGAUCCAAAUUUCUAAGCCAUGAAGAAAAUAUACAAAGGAUUCAUCACCUACAAAGAGUUUCAUGUUGAGCUUCAACUUCUAAUCUGGGAAGAGUGGGGAUUAACAGCCUGGGAAACAGGGAUUUGUGGUUUGCUGUGUUACCAAGCAGGCUGUUUGUGAGAGGAACUCACAGCUGCUGGCAGGAGCAGGGGGCUUUGCUGUGCUCCUCUGGGAGCAGAGACUGACCCGGUGUUUGGAAGGAGAACAUGGCACACUGUCAGCAACCAGAGUGCGAGGAAAACGGGGUUUCACCUGGUGUGGGUUUAGCAGCAGAUGAAUCUUCAUCAGCCUGUUAAGGGAAUCAGUGUGUCUGAGGGUUUGCACCUCGUUUAGCUGCAGUUUGUCCCUAAGAGACGGGGCCGGACACUCUGCAGAUCCUUGCAUGAAUCCAUGCAAUUGCUGGCUUUGGUCUGAGAGAGGAGAUUGGAUAAACUCAUGUUUCUGGGACAGUUUGUUGGAACUUAGUUGCAUUUAGGAUGUUUACAGCUGUAUGGAAACCACCAGCACUGAGAGCUGUGGCAGAGAACACACACAGAACAAGCAUCCCUGAUCUAAACCUAAUCCCCUAUACAAACCUCAUCGACACCCUUGGUGAAAAAUUUUAAAACACUACUAAAAUCCUUUUCUGAUGAAUUAUGGAGUCCCCUUCUUUUAAAGAACAACAGGAGUUAUUUUUUACAUUUGAUUCAUUUGCAAGUAUCUAGUGCUAAAUGUAUCAUUCAUGAAGUAUUAGAAAGGAAUUACAGCAUCUCAGCCUCAUGGAACAAAUAUAACUUUGUGUCCCCUUCUCUGAGAUUUCAGGUAGAAAUCAUGUUAUAUGGAAAUCAGGAUUCUUGAUUUAAUAUGAGACUAUAUUUUUAGUGACCAAUUCCUUUAGUGUUUACAUGUGGAGAAUUGCAUUACCUCUUUAUUUGCCUUUUAAAACUUAAAUUUUUACCUUACACCUUGCGCCUUUCAUGGUUGCAAUGCCUAUGAGAAUUCAGAACUACAAGGUCUUGUUCAAAGAGUGCUCUGACAUCUAUGGAAGAAGAGAAAGAGUGACAAUGUAUUUUGGAAGGAUAUGCACAAAUGUGCAUUUACCACAAUGCUAUUUAAAAUGCUUCUUUGUAUAUUUGGGGGCCAUUGUCUGCUUCUUAUCAUUAUGAGUUUGAUGUAUUUUGUAUGUGCAUGAAGUGGUCAAAUUAUAAAUAUAAUUAAGAACCAUA